CCCUUCUUCCGCUCCUUCGCGGGAAGACAACGGCACCGUCAUCACUCUGUCACCAAACUUGCAAUUAAUCAUCGGAGCUUUUGUUCUCUCUAAACCCUACUUCACCUUCAACCAUCUCCUCCCUCUGAUUGCCCGCCACUGCACCCUUCUUCGCCGCCCUCCAUUCCUGCUGACGCCCAUGCUGCAUUUUUAGCUCCCGCAGUAUCAGCCUUCCGACGAAAUCUCGCCAUCAAAUUUGCUUGUAUUUCAGCCCCUAACUCUUGGAGUUUGUGAGUUGCUGGAGAUUUGGGUGGACUCAAUAAAACCCAUCCAUGUCUUCUUUUUUAGAACUUGAAAAUUCAUCUCCUAAUAUUUUUAUACCUGAAGAAUGGUCUGAGGCUGCAGAAUCCAUAGUUUUUGAUUCUCCCACUUCGCCGCCCCCUGUUGUUCUUAUCUGUGGUGCAAAAAACUGUGGCAAAAGUACUUUCUCACGCCACCUUCUCAAUGUUUUCCUUCGAAGGUAUAAAAAAGUGGUUUAUCUGGAUUCAGAUGUUGGACAGCCUGAGUUUACUCCACCGGGUUUUCUGUCCCUCACUGUGGUUGACAGACUAAUCCCAGACUUGUCGACUCCCUGCUUAAAGACGCCAGAAAGAUGUUUUUUCUUUGGUGAUAUUUCCUCAAAAAGAGAUCCGAAAGCAUACUUAAGUUAUGCAAAUACUUUGUAUGACUAUUACCACAAGGAGUACAAUUCUUUUAACAAGACCGAAGAACUUGCGAAGAUUGAAUUACCUCUUAUUGUAAAUACACCUGGCUGGGUGAAAGGUAUUGGUUAUGAGAUAUUGGUAGACAUGUUGAAAUACAUUGCUCCAUCACAUGUAGUCAAAAUAAAUAUAUCUGCUGAGAGUAAGAACCUUCCAGCUGGGGAAUUUUGGCUAGAAGAGGAGGAAAAUUACGGGACGACCAGUCUAAUAGAAAUUCGUUCUGCUCGGCAAGACGAGUUUAACCGAUCGAUACUAGUGCAAAAGGAUACAAGUCUUAUGCGAGAUUUGCGUAUUAUGGCUUAUUUUAGACAGUGCUUUCCCAGAGAUUGCAAUAUUACCACAAUUAAAGAGCUUGCAAAUGCACUGGCAUCUCACCCUCCUUACCAAGUUCCAAUAUCAAGCAUUAAGAUUAGACACCUGCACUGUCAGGUCCCAAGUGAUCAGAUCUUCUAUAGUUUGAAUGCAACAAUUGUUGGUUUGGCUACAUGCUCCAACAACUCUGAAAAUUCUUCGUGGUGUGUCGGUCUUGGAAUUGUUAGAGGCAUCGAUACAUUUAAAGGUCUCCUAUAUGUUAUCACACCCGUCCCCCAUGGCACUUUGGAAAAGGUCGACCUUCUUUUGCAGGGGUUUAUUCAAAUUCCUUCUUGUUUACUGCAGGUCAAGGGAUGUAUAUCUCCUUACAUGUGUGCAAACAUUCUACCCACGAGCUAGAGUCUGGACGAGUAUUGAAAGCAUUAAACAUUUUUGUUAUACUAACUUGUAAAUAUAUUUAUCAAGAAACCAGUCUUCACUCGUUUUUGCUUAUAAAAUUUGUAUUCUAGGGACAAAGAAUUGAAAUUUUUGUUCAAUGCAAUCUAGGGGUUCAAAAAAUCUACAAUCAAUGCGGUUUGCUUCAAAUAAACAACAAUCUUAUGGGUUA